GCCUUUCCUCUUCACCCAAAUUUCUGCAAGAAAAACUCAACUUUGAGACAAUCUUCUUCCUCCAACGUCUUUGUUCGAUGGAUCAAAGAACCCAAGACUCUGAAAUUCUAAGAAAUGGAAAGCAGAAUCCAGAAUCAGCAAAUGAGGAGAACAAAAACAACAAGAAGGGAAUGCAAAUUGAUAGGUACCCAGUUGAGGGAUUGUCCAUAGGAGGGCACGAAACUUGCAUCAUCUUCCCCACUCUUAACUUAGCCUUCGAUAUUGGUCGAUGCCCACAACGCGCCAUUUCUCAAGAUUUUCUCUUCAUCUCUCAUGGCCACAUGGAUCACAUUGGUGGCCUGCCAAUGUAUGUUGCAACCCGGGGCUUAUAUGGCAUGAAGCCCCCAACAAUUAUUGUUCCAACUGCUAUAAAAGAAGAUGUAGAGAAACUGUUUGAGGUGCAUAGAAAUUUGGACAAGUCAGAGCUGAAGCAUAAUCUGAUUGGCUUGGAUGUCGGAGAAGAGUUCUGUUUGAGAAGAGACCUGAAAGUAAAAGCUUUUAGAACUUACCAUGUCAUACAAAGCCAGGGUUAUAUAGUUUAUUCUGUGAAACAAAAACUCAAGCAAGAAUACCUUGGUCUUUCUGGAAAUGAGAUCAAGAACUUGAAGUCAUCAGGUGUGGAGAUUACAAACACUGUGACUGCACCUGAAGUUGCUUUUACAGGGGAUACCAUGUCUGACUUUAUGGUAGACGAAACCAAUAUUGAUGUUCUAAGGGCGAGGAUUCUUGUUGUUGAGUGCACCUUCAUUGAUAAUUCUGUGCCAGUGGAGCAUGCAAGAGAUUAUGGACACACUCACCUGUCUGAGAUAAUCAAUCAUGCAGACAGGUUUGAAAACAAAGCAAUACUUUUGAUACACUUUUCAGCUCGUUACACAUUAGAGGUAUGUAUCCUGUUGUCUUUCAUAUUCACCAUGGUCUAGAUGUUUGUCUGCAGAGCUCAGCGAUAACUUGAGGGUAAUAUCAGCUUGUGUUCCAGGGCAGAACCUAAUCUUUUCAUUUGGGAGAGAUAUAACCUAAGCUCUGCCUCCCUGAAUCAAAAAUUGUUGAUUAUGAGCUGAACUCUUGAUGAGUGGAGUUCAAGGAUCAACCUCAAUUUCUGAGUUUUAUUAUUUAGGCUUGUUAUGUGCUCUUUCAAGUUGCAUCUUUCUUUUCAUGUUGUCUUUUUUGCCAUAUCUUUCUUAUCAUGGUUUAUGGUUUAAAGCUAAUAUGCAUGAAUUAUUUUUCAGGAAAUCAGGAAAGCAGUCUCCACAUUGUCAUCACCUUUAGCUGGCCGAGUUUUUGCACUUACGGAAGGUUUCUAACAAGUUAACAACUGCAGUUUAGAAUUGGGUAUCUGUUUCUUUUGUCGGUUCUGCUCACCUCUAGCUGGCUGAUUUUCACUUACAUUUCCAGCAGCUGGAGUUCAGAAUGCAAUCUUCUGUAUAAUUUUGCAUGUCAUGACCAAAAAAAAGAAAAAAAUUCUUGCCACUCUAUUGUUGUAACCAUGCUUAUUAGCAUUUAGAUCAAGAGGAAUUUCUUUAAAAAAAAAAAAAAAAGGCUUGCAGAUAAUACAUAUUUUUCCUUCAU